UUCAGCUCUUUCAGUCUUGUGAUUCCGUGUCGCGUCGAUGAUCUGAUAUGGGCGGGACUUUAGCGGUCACCGGAGAUAAACACUCGCCAGACUCCGCGCUCGGUUUUCGACGCCGAAACUUCCAAUGAGGGCGAAGCAGACUGCCGCUGGGAGCCAUAGACUGCGAGUGCGCGGCACUGUCUCUUUAAACGCGCCUGGUGUGAAAAGUUCAGUCAAGAAGGCUGCGCGGAGGGGGGUUCUGCGUGGUUUGGCGCAGAGAUCGGCGUCUGAUAUCGCGAGCGCAGUGCAGCAGAUGGCUGGCGACGGCGGCGAGGCCAAACGUCUUCCAAAGAGACCGUUUCACGGCGAGGUGGAGGAGAACUCCAGCGCGACCAUGAACGAGAACGUCAAAAUAAAGCCCGGGAAAAAGACUCCGGGUGAACGGCGCGGUAAAGAGAACUCCGCCGCUAAGUGUGCUGCUUUGACAAGCGGCUCUGCCGAGGCGAAGAUGGACCAGACCGUAAUACACAGUCCCCAGACGCGAGACGAUCCGAGCAUCUUCUUCGACGAGGACAGCAAUCACGUUUUCCCGGUGGAGCAGUUCUUUGGGAACAUGGACGCCGUUCAGGAGUUCCCACGCAGAACCCCAGGAAGCAAGAGAAUGAGUCGAAGAGAGUACAGGAGCAUGCAUUACUAUGCCAAAGAGGACAGUGAAGACGAGCAGCUAUGAGGACACUAUUCCUCACGGUCACUCAAUCCGUCUGCCGCCGACAGGGAAGGAGUUGCUGGUAAAAUGGACUCGAUCGUUUUAAAGCAAGCUAUUUAUUCCAAAAGCCUUUUUAAUGAUGCACUGUGUUGAUUUAUCAGCGACGUAAUGAUUUCUUGCGUAGUUUUGAGGUACACCGACAAUGGCAAAAACGUCAGCGCAUCCACAAUUAUAAACUUAAGAACAUGCGUGUGCCACACUAAACGAAUGUACAUUUAGAGGGGUUUGUGUUAGCUACAACCGUCAUGUGAUUUAGAGCAUACGCUGAAAGAAAGCUAUAUUUCUAUAUCUUUCCGUACACUGGGUUUUCUACCACUAGUCCUUACUAAUGUGCUCUCAAGUCAA